AAAUUAUGAGCCUCUAUUUGGACUAAUCUGUCAAAAGGGAACAAAGGAGCAGAUGGUGAUCUUGUGAUUAUCACGUGGGUGAUUGACAGCUUUCCACUUUCUCUCUCCUCUUUUGCGGCCUUCCAGUUAUCGAGGUCAUCAAAGUUUUUAUUUUUUCUUCCCCCUGUCUUGUCUUUUAUAAUCUUGUGCCAAAGAGAAAGAUCGUAUUGUCGAAACGAAGAGGGAACUCGGAAAAUCUUUAAAUUGUUUAUACUCGUUGAAUGCGAUCGCGUCCGCUUUGGAGAUGAGUCUACGCUACACGACGGGGAUUAUCCAGACUUUUAAAAAGAGGGGAAAAAAGAUGCGACCUUGCUUUCACCAACAAAACUCACUUGUUUGUUAGCAAGAAAAUUGAGAAAAGAACCUCUCACCUGCGUUCCGUCUGUCCGCUAUAUAAAGACGAACUCAUUCGUUAGGUUAGUCAGAUCUCUUCUUGCUUCCGACCAAAGUGCAAGUUCAGAUUUUCAGUUUACUUCGAGAGAGAAAAAGAAAUGGUUUCUUUAAAGGUUAUUGUAAUGCUGCUGGCCGUGCUGUGCGGAGCUCUGGCUCUGCCGGCUGGCACUUUGCCGCGCGUUUCCAAGGAACGAGCCGUCGUUGCUAAGGAGGAACCGGUCGAACUAGCCAGGGAUUACGCUUUCAACUACGACAUUCAAGAUGGUUUCGUCGGCAUGACUCAUUCACGCAGUGAGGUUCAGCGCAACGGAAUUGUCAGGGGCUUCUAUCGCUACAGCCGGCCCGACGGCGUUCUUGUCACUGUCACUUACACAGCUGACGAAACGGGCUUCCAUCCCGUCAUCACCGAAGAAGCGGCUCCCAAUUUGUUCUCGCCCAGCGCUGUUCAAACCAUGUACUCGUCGGACAAUCCUGAGCAGAUCAAAAUCACUCUCACCGAGGACGAUGUCGAUUUGACUCGUCAAAAAGCCGAAGCUGCCAAAGUGGCCGGCAAUAAAUUGAGAACUCGAGUCCAAUCGAGACCCGAGACUAAUUCGCAAUUAAUCGAUCAGAAAGAUUCCCGUUUUUCUAGAAUGCUUAUUCCUGUGAAAAUCCCCGCUGUCAACUCGCAAACGCGUUUUAAUUAUUACGAACAAGUCUAGUUGGCCGCCGCAAGAUGGCAGCGCAUACUCAUUUUCGUCAACAUUUUCUCGCCCAGCCUUUUUGUCCUUUACCUCCUCCUACCUAUCUAUUCUCCAAUCAAUUUUUGCAAAAUCUCUUCAACGAAAUAAACGACGAGAAAGAAAAAAGAAAAAGUAGCAUGAAUAAUUUGUUUUCUCCAUUUCCAACCGAUGGGCGUUGUUCCAUUUCGUUUUCCUUUUAGCUGUGUGAGGCUCUGGAACAAACGAGAUGGAAAUAGAAUUCGGGGAAGGUUUUUGAUAGGAUUUGAUAGUCGACAUUUUCCUUCACUUGUACUUUUUAUGUAGCGCACCCUGGAAAAUUCUUGAAAGCGUUCCAUGAACAAUGGAAUUAACUUGACGGUUGAAGGUGGGGGCUACGACCGCUGCAAUGUUUCUUUCUAAAAUAAAUCGGUCGUGCAAUGCGCGCCCAAUAUGUUAAGUCUAGGCGCUGGCGUCCCAUUUCAUUUGCUUCUUUUUUGGGACUUUCGGGACUCGGGUGGUGUUUUAUUUUUUAAAUAAAUCUUUUGAUUAAAUUUUCAAUUCACAUGAAUGAUUGAUGAGUUUUUAUCU